CGAUAAAUAUUUGUGGAUAAGAAUCUCCGGUGUAUGCCACACACAUAACCACUACACGACAAUUGGAUCUUCUUCUAACUAUGUAACAACUUCAAAUUCUAACUAUGCGGCUCUAGCUUCCACCAUAAGCUUCCCAAGAGCUCUACUGAGGUUGAUUCUUUUGUGUGGUCCUGAUAGUAUAAUCCUGGAUGAGGCAUGUUGGUUAUAAUGUGCCAGUAAAAUAAUAGCCAGCCAGAAUCUGAUGCAGUCAAGGUAGAUUUCUUAGUGAUGGAUCUACUCUAGCCAUCAGUCAUGGAUAGAAGCCAGAAGGGAGCCCUCAUGAGCAAUCAAAGCACUAAAGACUUAUCAGUUAUGGUUCUGAAACAGCAGCAGUACCAGAAGAAGCAACCUAAAUUAAGCUCUACUCCGGAAGGGACACACAAUGAAUCCCAUUGUCUUAUCUGUAGGGGGGGAAACAGUUGCCAAACAGUUCUUUCAAGAACAAAACUGAUGAAUACUUUGAUUGGAAAAGGGAAGCCGCACGAAGCUCAGACCGUCUUCAACAAUUUGACUGAAGAAGGGCAUAGGCCUACUCUCAUAACAUACACAACUCUUGUGGCUGCUCUAACCCGCCAAAAGCGUUUCAAGUCUAUUCCUGCAGUUCUUUCUAAAGUUGCGGAAUUUGGGAUGAAGCCUGAUUCAAUACUUAUCAAUGCCAUGAUCAAUGCGUUUUCUGAUUCUGGCAAGGUUGAUGAAGCCAUGAAAAUAUUUAAGAAAAUGAAGGAGUAUGGAUGUAAACCAACAACCAGUACGUAUAAUACCCUCAUUAAAGGAUUUGGCAUUGCUGGAAGGCCUUACGAGGCUAUGAAAUUGACAGAGAUGAUGGCUCAGGAUGAAAAUGUGAAACCCAAUGAUAGAACAUAUAACAUUCUCAUUCAAGCCUGGUGUACCAAGAAAAAAGUGGAAGAAGCAUGGAAUGUUAUGCAUAAAAUGGUGGCUUCUGGCAUUCAGCCGGAUGUGGUCACAUAUAACACGAUGGCAAGGGCAUAUGCUCAGAUCGGUGAAACAGAGAAAGCUGAAAGAUUAAUAUUGAAAAUGCAGUACAGCAAAGUAAAACCUAAUGAACGAACUUGUGGUAUCGUAAUAAGUGGUUACUGCAAGGAAGGCAAUAUGACAGAAGCCUUGAGGUUUCUACACGGAAGAAUGAAGGAGCUUGGUGUGCAUCCAAAUCCAGUAGUUUUUAACUCGCUUAUCAAGGGAUAUCUAGACAUUAAAGACACAAAUGGAGUAGAUGAGGCACUGGCAUUGAUGGAAGAAUUUGGGAUCAAACCAGAUGUAGUGACAUUUAGCACCAUCAUGAAUGCAUGGAGUUCGGCAGGGCUUAUGGAUAAUUGUGAGGAGAUAUUCAAUAACAUGGUGAAGGCAGAUAUAGAACCUGACAUCCACGCAUAUAGCAUCCUUGCAAAAGGAUAUGCACGUGGUGGACAGUCACAAAAGGCUGAGGCUCUUCUGACUUCCAUGAGCAAAUAUGGUGUAGAACCAAAUGUGGUGAUCUUCACUACCAUCAUCAGUGGAUGGUGUGCAGAAGGAAAACUGGAUCGCGCCAUUAGACUUUAUGAGAAAAUGCAAGAUGUGGGAAUUCCCCCAAAUUUGAAAACUUAUGAAACCUUGAUAUGGGGAUACGGAGAAGCAAAACUACCAUGGAAAGCAGAAGAGUUACUUACUACUAUGGAAGAGAGGGGUGUUGCCCCUGAAACAUCCACUGUGCAACUGGUUGCCGAUGCUUGGCGUUCCAUUGGUCUAUUCAAAGAAGCCAACAGAAUUCUAAAUUAUUCAGAAGAAGAAGGAUGUGACGACAAGACACAGGUGCAAAGCUUGGAGAGACAGAAAUUCAGUGCAAUACCUGAUGUAGUGGUACCUCAUCCAGAAAGAACAACUAAUGGCAACAUAAACAUGCGAAAUAUUUCCACUUCCAUGUUUUUGGUUCGUACAACAAAUUCAUAUGGAGUACAAGCACAUAUUGUAAGUAAACAGCAGAUUCAAAAUCAGGUUGUUAGGCCAUUCCUUGACUAUUGCGGAGUAGUGUCAAUACUCUGUUGAGGUGACUUUUCUCAACAAUGUCAGAAUAGAUUUGUUUGCUUCCAUGCCAAUGAGUUCAUGUGGAAAAACUGUAGAUAUCAUUAAUGGACUUCAGAAAUCAGAUACACUUACACACUUGGUUACUUGUAUUGUUGCAUGCACUAAGCAUUAUUGGAAAAUCUUAUUUUUAUAUAAAUA